AUGGGAGAUCCACAAGAUGUAAAAAGUAAGGGUCAGGACCAUUCAUGGUCUGGACCUGAACACAAGUUGUUGCUCCGAUCACUGGUGGAUGCAAUCAACCAUGGUUUUCGUGAUGCUAAUGCAGACGCUGAAGUCUGGGAUGUCUAUUUGAAGGCUAAUCCAGGUAAUAAGCAUAUGCGUGAUGAUUCAUUCGAAGAUUUUGAGGAAUUACGAAUGAUAUUUGGACAAAAUACUGCAACUGGGCAGAAUGCUAUGGGAUUAGGUGAUCAUGUUGAUACACUUGGCUCACAAGUUGAAGAAGGCGAGAGGGAAAAUGAUUUAGACUCUGUCCAAGUCAUGAAUGAUGGAGAAGGAAUAGUACACCAGCAAGUAUAUGAACAUGGAGUUUGUUCUUCAGCAGAGAAAAAUAGAGGAGAUAAACUUCCCCUCAGGAAGAAAGCUAGAACUGAUUCUAAUUUAGACAAGGCUUUGGAUGAAGUGACAGAAGUCAGUAGCAAGAUUUUUGGCAUGAUACAACAGCGAUGGGAAAAGGAAGCUGUCGAAAAAGAAGCUGAAGAAAAAGCUAACAAUGUUUGGGAUGCUAUCAAACAAAUUCCUGAUUUGGAUGAUGAUUUGCGUUAUGAGGCAAUGACCCUUGUUCACAGUUUAGGCAUGAAAUCUGGCUUUGUCAAUAUGUCUGCAGCAGAUCGUUGUGGAUGGAUUAAACAAAAUCUUCGUAAACCAUGA